AUGGCGCCAGAAUCAUUCAACGUCAUUACCCGGACUCCCAUCCCCGCCUCCCUCCCGCCAGCCACCGUCCUUGCCGCCCUGCACACCUUCGAAGCCCUCAUCACGCCUAAUCCAUACCUCGACCACUUCGAGCCGCGGGUCCUGACCUCCGAUGAAACCGCCGGCGCCGACCCUUUCUUCUUCCCCCGGGCUUCCGGGCUCUACGGUUACGUUAUUUACGACCGUGUUCCCGUCAUCCCUGGCCUCGGCUCUUGGGCAGCCCUCAAGGUAGCCGUGCCGUGCGUGUUCCAGCGGUUUGAGCAUGGCGUGCGGUGUUGUGCACACGCUCAGGGAGGGGUGGUCGUACGGAGUAGUUAUGAAGUGAGGAGGCGCGGGGAGGUUACGGCCCAAGGGGUGGACGCCUGGGUUGGGGAGGGCGGGAGUGGUCCUGCUGGUCAUGACGACGGGCAGUACGAGCUGGUCGACAUCUCGAAUGUUGAGUGCGGGGCGCUGGUGAAGCCGUUUGUCAAGAUGCGGUUCUCGAGCGCUCACCAGGCCCUUCUAGAGAAGGUAAUUCAGAAUCUGUUGAAAGGGGGCGGUCAGGCGGGUGGUGGAACCUGGUAA